GGCUGUAACUCCUCUGAGGGAGGUACAGUGUCUCUCUCCAUUGAUUAAACUCCUCUCCUGUCUCUUGGCCUCCAUCUCUCAAAAUGACAUCCCCGUGGAGUCAACUCCUUUUCAAGGAGACAGGAUCCUGGCUUACCUCUACUCAUAAGCAUCAGUUCAUUGAAGUCUCCUCAGGCAAUUCUAAGUUCUUCAUGUUGGAAUGUUUAUUUCUAAAGGAUGACCACCAAUGAGAAGAGCAGCUCACACCUGGCUGGCCACAAGACAUGGACUUCGAGAAGACAAGGUGGAACUGAGUCUUUCUAUGAAUCAAAAGCCUCAUUUCUGGUAAGCAACCACUCAUUGAGAUUUGGGAAGGGACAAUGAGACUCAUCCAGUUCUGCCCCCCAUUUCUACAGAUAAUGAAACUGAGGCACAGUGAAGUAAUUUGUUUAGAGUCACAGAGUUAGGGAAAGAGCCAUGAUCUGCCAAACCUCUGGAACAAGAGAACCCCAGCUAUUUGGGUUGCAAAAACUUUGCCUUCAAGCUUCCAGCAAAUGAGAGUGCCAAGACAGCUAGCCAAUAACUAAGUCGCAGGUCUGGCCAGUAUACAAUGAACCCUGAAAGCUCUAAAAACGUUGCAGAAAAGCCACCAUUUGACCGGUCAAGUUCCCAGGAUUCGUUGGAUGACUUAUCUUUUGAAGACUAUUGGACAGAACUGGAAAAUAUUAAGAAAUCUAGAGAGAACAGACAUGAAGAACAAGAGGUUGUUGUUGUAAAAGAGCCUGAUGAGGGAGAAUUAGAAGAAGAAUGGCUGAAAGAUGCGGGUUUGUCAAAUCUUUUUGGAGAUUGUGCUGGAGACUCUCAAGAAAGCAUGGUAUUCUUAUCAACAUUGACUCGGACUCAGGCAGCAGCAGUACAGAAACGGUUUGAGACAGUCUCUCAGACAAUGAGGAAGAAAAACAAGCAGUACCAAAUCCCUGACGUCAGAGAUAUCUUUGCUCAACAGAGAGAAUCGACAGAAAAAAAUCAAAACUCUAGUAAAUUCUUGAACCAGACGGUCUGGAAUGGAUGGAGCCACCAGGACAUGAAAGAAAAAAAAGUUCCAUAUGGCAGUGAGUUGGACUCAGACAGGACAAAUGAAAACAAAUAUAAAGAAAAACAUGAUCUGGCCUCUGAUCUUGGAAUUAGUGAGAAGAACAGUCCAUGUCUGCCUGAAGAUGUCCCAGCUUCUGAAACAGACAUCAACUUAGAGAUUUCCUUUGCCGAACAAGCAGCUAAUCAGAAAGAGACCUCCAAAGAAAAGUUUCGGGAGAACAAAGACGAGUACAAUUCAUUACCUAAUUUCAGACUUCCAAAGGACAAAACAGGUAACACAAGGAUCGGUGACCUGGCACCCCAGGACAUGAAGAAAGUUUGCUGCUUGGCUCUCAUUGAGUUGACAGCACUGUAUGAUGUAUUUGGAAUUGAACUCAAGCACCAAAAAGCUGUGAAAAUGAAAACAAAAGACUCUGGUCUUUUUGGUGUUCCUCUGUCAGUAUUGCUAGAACAGGAUCAGAAGAGAGUCCCGGGGAUGAGAAUACCCUUGAUCUUUCAAAAAUUGAUUUCUCGAAUAGAAGAUGGAGGAUUAGAAACUGAAGGACUUUUACGGAUACCUGGAGCUGCAAUAAGGAUAAAGAACCUUUGCCAAGAACUGGAAGCAAAAUUUUAUGAAGGAACUUUUAACUGGGAAAGUGUCAAACAACAUGAUGCUGCCAGUCUUUUGAAGCUUUUCAUCCGAGAACUGCCUCAACCAUUACUCAGUCUAGAAUAUCUCAAAGCUUUUCAGGCGGUACAGAAUCUUCCAUCUAAGAAGCAGCAACUACAGGCUCUGAAUCUUCUCAUCAUUCUUCUGCCCGAGACCAAUAGAGACACCCUGAAGGCUCUGCUUGAAUUCCUUCAAAGAGUAAUAGACAAUAGAGAAAAAAAUAAAAUGACUGUGAGGAAUGUGGCUAUGGUCAUGGCCCCCAAUCUCUUUAUGUAUCCUGGAUUGAGCAUCAAGCCCAAUGAACAAGGUGAAUUUGUGAUGGCUGCUGGGACAGCCAGCGUAAUGCAUUUCUUAAUUAAAUACCAGCAACUUCUUUGGACGAUUCCCAAGUUUCUUGUGACCCAGGUGAGAAAGCAAAAUACCGAAAACCAUAAAAAAGACAAAAAGGACAAAGCUAUGAAGAAACUACUGAAGAAGAUGGCUUAUGAUCGAGAAAAGUAUGAAAAACAAGACAAAAACCUAAGUGAUGCUGAUGUUCCUCAGGGAGUGAUUCGAGUACAAGCGCCCCAUCUUUCGAAAGUUUCCAUGGCAAUACAGCUCACUGAAGAACUGAAAGCCAGUGAUGUUCUCGCCAGGUUUCUCAGCCAAGAAAGUGGAGUUGUCCAGACACUCAAGAAAGGGGAAAUUUUUUUAUAUGAAAUAGGAGGAAAUAUUGGCGAACGCUGCCUUGAGGAUGAUACCUACAUGAAGGACUUAUAUCAACUCAACCCAAAUGCUGAAUGGGUUAUAAAGUCCAAGCCUUUGUAGAAGACUUAUAAAGUGAAGACAAUUAUGUGGACUGAUUCAAUGACACUUGUUGGACUGAAGAAAAUGAAAGAAAUAGUGGGACUCAUUUGUUAUUCCAAUAUGCCUUACUAUUAACGAGUGACACUUUGAAGCCUUAUAAAAAAUAAAUCUCCCUUGACAGUGUUCCCGGUUGGCACAGCCUUAAGAAUAUUUUCCUUAUUUUCAGUAUGAUUUGUGCUCCUGCCAGAAUAAUGGAUUUUAUUAUUAUUAGGAAACAAAAGCCCCUUGAGUGAGAUCCAGAGAAAAUUAAUUGGUUUAUAGCCUGUGUUAUGUACUCUGUGUUAACAUGUGCUAGUUAGUGGAGGUGACUGGAUUUAAUAUUCUAGAGGAAAUGUAUGUAUAUGAAUUCACACAUCCUUUUCUAAUCAUAUAUACUCUGUGUACAUAUUUUUCAACUCAUGAAUGAGGAUUACAUCGUUAAAGAAUGGGGUUUUCUUCUUUUUUUCUGAUGCUAAUACAUUCCAGGUGUUAAGAUAGUACAACUCUCUGAGCCAGCUGGCUUCAGUAGCACAUCUUGGAAUGUCAGAAUGCUAAUAGUCACCUUAGUGAGGCAUUGUUUUAACAAUUAUUUGCUACUCCUGCCAUAUCACAUGAGGGGAUUCCGAAUUUUUUUUACAUAUUUCUGACACGUGCACAGAACUGUAUCCACUGUCAAGAAAAUAGGACUGUCGAAAACUGCCAAUUAUCACCGAACCGUCAAAAACUGAUGUUUGAGAAUAAAUAAAAUAUAUCCACGUAGGGGAAUGAGAUUACGGAUAAGAAGCGAGUGAAAGCCAAACUACUUAGCAUGCUCUAUAGUUUUCUAAAUGGAAUUGGAAAAAUGGUAGCUGGUACCCUGCAUUGUCAUAGCAGAAUUAGAAAUGUAUGCGAGGUCAUGUAAUGCAUUAAUGGGUGUAGAAUGCAUUCUUUACAGAGAGGGACUGCAUAGUCAUAAAAGUCUGCUGGUUAGUAUAAUUCUAGUUGGUAGGACUCAGUGCAUGUGGGCAGGUUGCUUGUGGCCUUAUUUUAAAAUAAUCAGAAUAAAUUUAUUAUAUGUAGUAGAAAAUACUAUUCACAGGAGUUUUAUUGCACAAACCAUAUUGUGACAAGAGAUCUUGAGUCUGUACUGUAAAUAAGAAAGGAUCAAAUGGAAGAAAAAUGUUAAAUAUUUUAUGAGUUUUGAGUGUAGUAAAUAAAAGGCAAUGUAAAUGAAUAACUCAACAAACUGUGCUUAUGACACUUUUUGGUAGGACUUAGAAAAAAUUAUAGUUUUUAUCAGGAACCCUUGAUGUCAUGUUAAUUAAGAGGAAAGUGUCGUUAAUAAGGAGAGUUGUGAAUUUUCAGCAUAUAAUAACAAAAGCUUCCUGUGGAUGUGAUCGCUUAAAUAACUGUGGUGAUUUCGUGCCAUUUCUCUUUUUUUUUAUUAUUUAAACAAGAUCUUUUUAUAAUUAAAUGCAUUUUUCUUAAUCUA